AUGGGGGAUGUUUUGAAAAGAGCAAGAUUGGAAACAGCAGUCUGGGCUGGAAAGCUGUUACUGCUCUGUGUAGGAAUAGUGUCCACAAUGGUAUUUUUCAAAGUGGUAAUCAUUCCUUACCUCCUUAAUCUCACUCUUUCCACUCUUCCCCACCUCUGGACCUCAAUCAGAAGCUACUGCCUAUCUCCACUUUACAUCUACAUCAUUCUCAAUUUUAUCAUCAUAAUCAUCGCUGCCUCCUCCACAUUCCAAAAUCAAAAUCAAAAGCAAAAGCAAAAGCACCCCUCAUCUGUGCCCUCCUCCUACACCUCCAUUAAUAACCUAAACAAUGCCAAGACCACUAGUACUGAUCAUGAAGAUGACUGUUGUACUUUUAUUGAUGGUACGGCAGAGUACAACAGCAAUAAGAUCGAAAGUAGUAGUCAUUCCGAAAAUGCAACUACUUCUCCUCUACCGUCUUUGCUUACUCAUCAAUUUUCAAAUGAAAUGAUCAGCUGGCAUGACAUCCACAUAGUACAACAAGCUUCCACAGAAGAAGAAGAAUCCAUUCGUACCAACCCUUCACCGGAGGAACCCUCCUCCUCGGAGGACUCUUGCUUGACGGAGAAGCCGGUCACCGAGGAAGAGGUGGAAGACAACACAUUGGACACCACAUGGAAUGCCAUUAUGGAAAGGCAAGGCAAACCGAUAUGCAAGCAUCUAAAAAAGAGUGAGACUUGGGACACGCCGCCUCGGACGACUGGCUUGGUGAGAAGUAGUAUUGUUCCAGCCAGGGAGCUAGUUGAGGAGGAUCAGUUAGAUGAUCAUCAUCAUGAGAACAUCAACAACAAUAAUAAUAAUGUUGUUGAUGAUCGAGUGGCAUGGGCUCGGAAAGAGUUGAAGAAGUCGGACACUUUUAACGACAGGGUGUCCAUGAUAAGGGAGAAGUCCAUGACUCAGGACGAAUUGAACCAGCGGGCGGAGGCCUUCAUCAACAAGAUCAAUAAUCAGAUAAGGCUUCAGAGGCUAGAAUCUGAUCAACGUUUCAGGGACAUGGUUAACCGUGGUCUCUAG